GCGCCCCGGCGCCGAGGUUUCCUGGGAACACCUGGCGGGGAGGCCCUCGGACCCCACUAGGGUGCCGGAACGUGGCCGGCCGCGGGACGCAAACUUGGGGCCGCCUCCAGGUGCACCCCCAGGUAAGGACUUGGCGAGCGGCGACUUCACGUCUGCUCUGCACAGAGCAGGUGUUUCAAAGGCUUCCUGAAAGCUUCCGGCGGCCACGUUAAAAACAGCCUAAGUUACCUUGACCAGUCUUGAGUAAGUUUGGGUUCGGUUUCCAGACUGAGACCCGUAUGCUUGUUUAUCUUCUUUUCAACUCUCUCCCUUCUCUUUCUGGAAGGUUUCUGGAGAGAGAACCGCCAGGCAGAGAGAGUGGAGACCUCAGAUUUAUAGGAAAUGCACAGAUCCGACCUGGUUAUUUGUGUACUUUCUCUUUUGGACUGGUUGGGUCUGAUUGCCGGUAGACAUACUGUCAUCAUCAGGCUACGCCAUUUUAGUCCAGUCUCUUGGAAACUGAAUCUGGAUGCUUGGAAACUCAUUUGAGACCAUGUUAAUGCAAUCAUCCAUUCCAGAUGGAGGCAUGCUAUUUGCUGCAUGGUGUUUAUCAUGGGCUACUCGGUGGCAGCGGGAGCCACGGGGAGACUCCUCUUCGGCUACGACAGCUUUGGCAACAUGUGUGGCAAGAAGAACUCUCCCGUAGAAGGGGCGCCUCUUUCAGGGCAGGACAUGACCCUAAAAAAACACGUCUUCUUUAUGAAUUCCUGCAACCUGGAUGUCAAGGAUGUGAAGCUCAGUUCCACCGUCCUCUGUAUAUCCAGCUGUCCUGAAGAGCAGCUUGACACCUUGGAAGAGGUCCAGCUCUUUGCCAACAACAAUGGGUCCUUCCUGUGUGUUUACAGUUUGAAUUCCAUCAACUACACCCAGAAUCCAGAUGCAGAGUCAUUGUGUCCCAGGCUACCAGUUCCCCCAAGCAAGUCUUUUCCCUUGUUUAACCGAUGCAUCCCUCAAACACCUGAAUGUUAUUCCUUGUUUGCAUCUGUUUUCAUAAAUGAUGUUGAUGCCCUCCAUCGAAUUCUAAGUGGAAUAAUGUCUGGAAGAGACACAAUCCUUGGCCUGUGUAUCCUCGCAUUAGCCUUGUCUUUGGCCAUGAUAUUCACCUUCCAGUUCAUCACCGUCCUGCUGAGUCACAUCUUCAUUGCGUUGGUUGUUCUGGGAUUGUUGUUUGUCUGCGGUGUCUUAUGGUGGCUGUAUUAUGACUAUACCAACGACCUCAGCACAGAAUUGGACACAGAAAGGGAAAAUAUGAAGUGUUUGCUGGGGUUUGCUAUUGUAUCCACAGUGAUCACGGCAGUUUUGCUCGUCUUGAUUUUUGUCCUCAGAAAGAGAAAAGAAUUAGCAGUUGAACUUCUCCAAGUCACAAAUAAAGCCAUCAGGAGCUCUCCUUUCCUUCUGCUCCAGCCACUGUGGACAUUUGCCAUCCUCGUUUUCUUCUGGGUCCUCUGGGUGGCUGUGCUUUUGAGCCUGGGAACUGCAGGAGCUGCGCAGGUUAUUGAAGGUGGCCAAGUGGAAUAUAAGCCUCUUUCGGGCAUUCGAUAUAUGUGGUGGUACCACUUAAUUGGCCUCGUCUGGACUAGUGAAUUCAUCCUUGCGUGCCAGCAAAUGACUAUAGCUGGGGCAGUGGUUACUUGUUAUUUCAACAGAAAUAAAAAUGACCCUCCUGAUCACCCAAUCCUUUCAUCUCUGUCCAUUCUUUUCUGCUACCAUCAAGGAACAGUUGUAAAAGGGUCAUUUUUAAUCACUGUGGUGAGGAUUCCAAGAACCGUGCUCAUGUACAUGUGUAACACUCUGAAAGAGAAGCAGCGUAGCGCAUGGUCGAGGUGCACGUUCAGAUGCUGCUUCUGCUGUUUCUGGUGUCUUGACAAAUGCCUGUGCCACCUCAACCAGAAUGCAUACACUACAACUGCCAUUAAUGGGACAGAUUUUUGUACAUCAGCAAGAGAUGCGCUCAAACUCUUAUCCAGGAAUCCAAGUCAUUUUACAUCUGUUAACUGUUUUGGAGAAUUCGUCAUUUUUCUAGGAAAGGUGUUAGUGGUGUGUUUCACCGUUUUUGGGGGACUGAUGGCAUUUAACUACAACCGUGCUCUCCAGGUGUGGGCAAUCCCUCUGCUAUUGGUUGCUUUUUUUGCCUACUUAGUAGCCCAUAGUUUUUUAUCUGUGUUUGAAACUGUGCUGGAUGCACUUUUCCUGUGUUUUGCUGUUGAUCUGGAAACAAAUGAUGGAUCAUCAGGAAAGCCCUACUUUAUGGAUCAAGAGUCUUUGAGUUUUUUAAGAAGAAUCAACAAACGAAGUGACACAAAGGCACAGAGAGACAAGAACUCAUUAAGGAGUGAAGAGGGGACAGAACUCCGGCCCAUGUGUGACAGGCGCUCAUGAGGUAUCUGUACCUGGAAAAAGUUGCCCUCUAAGAGCCAUUCAAAGAGAGAGACCUGAACUUCAUUGUUUCUGUCCUUACUGUUUGACCACGUUACAACACUAGGUCCAUAAAAGUUUACAACCUUUUUUGUACCAGCUGGCCAGGAAAACUUUUGAAGACCAUGUUCAUAUGCAUCAAUGAAAAAGCACACUAUGUAAAGACUCCCUUCAGGGCACCAAGGACAAGAACCCUCCUCACUCACAACCAAUAAAUCAGAACCUCAGCAGAAAUCUCUGGAAUGCAGUCACAGUACGGAGCAGGACUCUUCUCUAUGCUUCCAAUCCUGGAAAUGUGCUAAAUAUGUUAUAGCUUUUCGAAGUACAAUUCUUAGAUUUAGUGACAAUAAAAACUAAGAGUUUAACCGAACUACCACUUGAUGGGCAUGGUGUAACGCAGGGACAGACUUUUGACCAGGUAUGACUUAAGUUUGCUAAAAGAACAAGGCUACCUCUUACACAUUAGCAAACUUUCUGGAAAAGUGGUUUUUUUGCCACGACCCCACCUGAGAAUCGCAUGGAGAAUUUUGAAUACUCAGGCCUGGACCCUAUCCUGAAUUUAGAUUCAGUAGUGGGGUGGAGAAGGUGGGGGUGUUGGGGCUUUUCAUUUUUUAAGGUUUAAACAGGAACAUUUAACAUGCCUGGUUGACAGUCACAUUUCAGUUAGGUGACUAGGUAAACAGAACUAAUUACCUAACAAACAGGAGGACCAGUCUGGCUAUUUGGCGGAGCAAGUGGUGCAAUACAAGGCUUCCCUAAACCUGUCUUCCAAAUUGGCAAGAAACAGUUUGUCAGCUCAGGUCUACUUUAAUAAACUCAAAUGAACAUCUUCUUUCUUAAACAAACAGCACCAUUGCAUUAGUUGGGCUCUAAGAAUCUCCUUUAGGAAAGGGAUUCACAGAACAGUUUUGCUGAAGCAUUAAACAACUCAGUCAUUGUGGCAUGAGGAGCAAGUAGAUGGUGCUCUUAUGGGUGCAUGAAAAUCCCACUAUGUCUUUAUCAUCUGCCUUAGCAAAAACAAGCAGGCGCGUUGCACACCCAAAGCCUAACAGAGCCAGUCCUAUCAGAGGAAAUGAGACCACUUGGUUGAGAAAAUGUCUGUGUGUGUCACCAAUUAUCUCGUGGUGAUCGGAGUUUUGUCAUUACACCACUUAGCUGUUUGACCUUCUCUCUGUCAUGACUGAAGGCUAGGUUUUUUCCCUAAAACACUUCCUACUAUAAACCCUCGUUUAUUAUCAAAAACAGCAUUCCCUCUUCCUGAUCCAAUGUAUUUUUAAUAUUUACCCUAAGAUGUAGAUAUAAAAAAUACCCCCACCCUGUCCACACCAAUGUCCCUGACGAUGAUUUUAAGAUUAUUCCAAGUUGGAUUGAAGAUGAAUUUGGGACACCUGAGUCACAAUGGAGUAAGUAAGGAUCAAAUAAUAGUUUGACUCCUGGCUGUCACUUCCUCUGUGCAGUGGGCAGGUCUCUUCAUUAUUCUAAGCCUCAAUCUCAAGCAUAGAAUGCAUUGUUGUACAGAGUAAGUAAA